GAGAAUGAAAGGUUGAUGAAGCUGACGCAGCGCCCUCAACAGGUUGAUUGUGGGAUUACAGCUGUGGCUGGCUCAUACUGCUGUGAUCUCAUCGUUGUCUCUGUGCAGUGUAGACUCCCCCCCUCCCACCCCGUGGGCAACCAACCGCAAGAAAUGGAUGUGUUUCUAAUGAUCCGGCGUCACAAGGCAACCAUCUUCACAGAUGCCAAAGAGUCUACCACAGUUUAUGAACUGAAGCGCAUUGUGGAAGGCAUUUUAAAGAGGCCCCCUGAAGAUCAAAGACUUUAUAAGGAUGAUGUGCUGCUUAAUGACAGUCAGACUCUUGGAAAUUGUGGCUUCACAAAUCAAACAGCCCGACCCCAGGCCCCAGCCACAGUGGGAUUAGCUUUUCGUCUGAGUGAUGAUUCAUUUGAGCAGUUGAGGAUUGAGCCCUUCUCCACUCCCCCAGAGCUCCCUGACGUCAUGAAGCCACAGGAUUCAGGCAGCACAGCCAACGAGCAGGCUGUACAGUGAGGGAGGAGGGCAUGGAAACGACAGGGCCACACAGGGGAUUGGUGGGAGGACACACGGGGGGAGGGAUGGGUUGAAAUUUGGGAAAUGAUGCCUCAGUGGGUAAAGUUUUACCUUGCCGACGACUGAUCUUCAGCUGGGCAUAAACUGUUUCAAACACGGAUUCCCCUUGUUUAAUGUGAGGUUGCUUCAAAGUGGUUCAUUUGUUCUGAAAAUGACGAACGCAUGCUUGAUAAAUUGAUAAUUUAACACAAGACCCUUCAGAGAUACCUGGCGGACUUGUCACAACACUGUCAGUCAACCAUGGGGUUGGUAGAGGCUGAACUUAAAAAAAUUGUACCUCGUAUUUAAUGAAUACUAGUGUUUAUUUGAGGUAAGGUUGAUGCUGCCUUACUUGUGUUCUUUUAUUUUGCUAGCUUAAACGUGGGAGAUGACGAGGUGUUUUAGGCUUUUAUGUUUGUGUGUUUCUUUAUUAAACUAUUAUUAGAAUUAACAUGUUUUUGGUCUUCGGCCUGGAUAUGUGUUGAAUCUAUAGCUAGGAGUUUGUGCAUUUAUAUCUGUAUUUCGAGAACUUUUGAACAUUAUUAUUCAAAAUUAAAAAAUAUAUCCACUUGCUGGCAGGAGAUCCUCGAUAAAGAAAACACAUUUCUUGGUAUUCCACUGAUCAGUAGUUACAAAUUUCAUACUGUAGCUGCUCACAGAAGGUACUGAGCCUGAAAGGACUCGGUCGUGAGUAUCUACUACAUGUAACGCUGGCAUGGACCUGGUGUUGAAUAUCAAACGACUGACAACAGUAGUCAAAAACUAUUUGGUGGUUAUUCUUGAUUAUUUUCAUCUGAACAACAACUGUAGGGACUAAUUGACUUCCCGAUAUUUGAUUGUAGUCAAUGACAAUAUGGAGAUGUUGUUAAACCAUUGUGGUUAAAGUACACAUUUAACAGUUUUAAGAUAACCAGAAGUAUUUUUUGAUGAGCCAGUGGUGGACUGCACACUUCAGUCCAUUAUCCCAGUAUAAAGUUAGUUUUAUCUUGAGCCACAGUUUGUGUUGUAAUAUGCACCACUGAUACCUUAAUGCACGCUGAUUUUCUAAAUUUGAAGAAUUUGAAAUGUACACUUGGACAACAUUGAAACGUCAUACAAAGAGAAAGCACUGGGUCUUGUGAUCUAGAAACUACUCUGAAUCAUUAUUCACCGCAGGGAAAAAAUGUCCUGACAGGAGGUGUUGAAUGAAACGGUGUUGCAUUAAAAACACAUUUGCAAAUUUAAGCUGUUAAACAGUGGGACAUGAUCAAUGUUGCACUUGUAACUGAUUUAACAUUAAAACCAUUGUUUUUCCA